CCCUUGCCUCCCUGCACCAGCGGUGGCGGCGCGGCGGUGGAUCUGACCCGAUUCCCAAGGCCGUCCCUCUCUCUUUAUUUUUCCCCAUUCUUGGCGAUAAAUUCUUCUCGCCGUCCUCCGAGGCCGAGAGCUCCGAGCGUGAAACCCUAGCCCCCCGUCGACAAGGCGCCCCCUGAUUUCGACCCAGAAGAUUCUCAUGGCAUCAAAGCGUAUCCUGAAGGAGCUGAAGGAUUUGCAGAAGGAUCCUCCUACCUCCUGCAGUGCAGGUCCUGUAGCACAGGACAUGUUUCAUUGGCAAGCAACGAUCAUGGGCCCUCCUGACAGUCCAUAUGCUGGAGGUGUAUAUUUAGUAAAUAUUCAUUUCCCUCCAGAUUAUCCUUUCAAGCCACCAAAGGUUGCUUUUAAGACUAAGGUCUUCCAUCCGAACAUCAAUAGUAAUGGGAGUAUCUGUCUGGAUAUCCUUAAGGAGCAGUGGAGUCCUGCCCUGACCAUCUCAAAGGUCCUGCUUUCUAUCUGCUCUUUGUUGACGGAUCCAAAUCCAGAUGAUCCUCUUGUUCCAGAGAUUGCUCAUAUGUACAAGACUGACAGAGCAAAGUAUGAGGCCACAGCUCGCAGCUGGACUCAGAAAUAUGCUAUGGGAUGAGGGUCUCCUACUCUGAGUGUGUUAUGCUAUCGAGACAAAUGAAAUCUAAUGAUGAAGGUCCUGAUUCUCAUGAUGUUCUUAAAGUGAUUUCGUUAAGAUGGAGUAUCAUGUUUGUUCUGUUUCUUAUUUGACCAGAUAUACCAAAUUCAUGUCUGCUACUUGGCCUGCUAUAAUUUUCAUUGUGAAUAAUAUUCAUAUGCUCGUCUUCAUGCUGGUGCUCAA